CUUCUUGCAGAAUUGGAUGCUGAGAAUUGGCGGCCAGGGUAACCCAGGUUAAAUUCAUGCAUGCAAGCCAUGCAUUGGUAAGUACGUGUCGUAUCUCGUCAGCUGGUGGUGAUUUAUUUCAUUGUUAAAUACUGACCAAAUAUUAACUAAUAUCAACCAUGCUCUCAAUUGGAAAAUCAUUGUUUAAUCGAAGAUUUUCAGAUUUUCUUUCUACUGGAAUUCGAGCGUUCCAUACAUCACAAGUACGGUCAUCAGAUGCUUUAUUCAACCAUGUAGAUACCCCAGAAAACAAUCCAGAUACACCAUUUGAGUUCACAAAAGAAAAUCUUGCUCGGAUUGAUGCUAUUGUUGCAAAUUAUCCAGUAGGUCAUGAAGCUGCUGCGAUAAUGCCUGUGCUUGAUAUUGCACAGAGACAACAUGGUUGGCUGCCUAUAUCUGCAAUGAACAAAGUAGCAGAAGUAUUGAAAGUCACACCAAUGAGAAUAUAUGAGGUAGCUACAUUUUAUACAAUGUAUAUGAGAAAUCCAGUUGGAAAAUAUAAUGUACAGAUCUGCACAACUACUCCGUGUAUGCUCUGUGGAUCAGAGGACAUUAAACAAGCAAUUAUGAAAAAUCUUGGAAUUAAAGUAGGAGAGACAACUCCAGACAAGCAGUUUUCACUCAGUGAAGUGGAAUGCCUUGGUGCAUGUGUUAAUGCCCCUAUGGUGCAAAUCAAUGAUGACUAUUAUGAAGAUUUGAAGGUGUCUGAUAUGGAGGAAAUUCUUGAGGACUUAAAAGCAGGUAAAAAGCCAAAAGCCGGACCUAGAAGUUCUAGGUUUGCAUGUGAACCUUUAGGGGGACUAACUUCACUGUCGACACCACCUACUGGUCCUGGAUUCGGAGUACGUAGUGAUUUAUAACUGUCAAAAUUGGGACACUUUACAAAGUUUUUUAUAAAUAUAUAUGUAGUUUUUUGGCAGUCUCUGUCAUACUUCAAAUGAAUUUGUCAUUAUUAUGAGUGAUGAUGCUUUUGAUCAGGGGAUAUAUGAAACAUUCAGAGUAAAGUAUUGUUAUGAAUGUGUCUAACUUUAAGGGGCAUACUUGUGAACAUUUUCACCAUAGAAGACUUCCAACCAUUCAUUGUUAGGUCUAUUCUGAUCCAGGGCUGUGGUGACAGAGCGUGGCAUGUGUUUUCAUUGUAGUCUGUAUUUUCAAACUCCCCUCAUUUUGGAGUAUGUAAAUUAUUUGAAUCGGUUCAGAUGGAAAGUUAUGAAUUAUUCGUCCGCUUUACAAUUGAAGCCAUCUUUGCAAUGCAAAUCUGACUUUUCUAGUUCUUUCUAGUUAUGAAACAUGUUUCUUUUUAUGUGCAACGCUCAACAAACUGUCCAAGUUAUGAAAGCAUGUUUUCAGUAAUUUAUGUGCCUGACCCAUUUGUUCGAGUCAGUAGAAGUAUUCAAUUCUAAAAUCGAAAUUCGAUUCUGAUGGGUAUUUAAAAAUGCCCAUUCCUAGUAUGAAGUCAUAAUCAAAAUUUUGAAUUCUCUGAGUUGGUGUUGGAAUUUCAACUUUUGUUUGAUAUGUGAUAAAGAAGUCAAAAUUUUAUACAGAAGCUCAAUAAACAUAGGGUUUACUAAGCGCUC